AUGGAAGGGCGUGAGCUGACCAUCGAAGGAAAGCAGGAGCACAAAACUGAGAAGGGCGCCAUUCAGAGAUCAUUCACCCGCAAAUGGCUGCUGCCCGAAAACGUAGACCUGGAGGCGAUCCGUACCCAGCUGGACAGCAAGGGCCAUUUGUCCGUGGAGGCGCCGAAGAAAGCCGAGGGUCAUGAGAACAAGAGAACCAUCCCCAUCAUGGCCGCUCCUCACGAGAAGUGA